CUUAGAACGUCGUCGAGAGAAAUUUUUUACAAUACAAAUUGCAGUCUUACGCACUUCAAAUUAACUUCCAUUCGUCUAAUUGAUAAUUAAGCCAAAUACACGUUCGACCAAAGCACAAACGACAGCACACACACACUAACGAAUAUCAGAGGGUUGAUAGCAGCAGCAGCCAAGGCAGAACAAAGUCGAAUGCAAUUUGCAUUUGCUGGCUGUGUUUGUGUUUGUGUUGUUUCCACACACACAUUUUCGCUGGGCAGCUGUGACCUAGCUGUAAAUUGCCACUUGCAGCAAAUAGCAACCACAGCAACAGCAACAAACAAGCAACAACAAAUUUUCAAGUAUCAUUUCGUUCAACAGCAGCAGCAGCAGCAGCCUGUUCAACAAUUGUUUUAACAAAAAUGUCCUCGUCGACGGCGUCAGGGUCCGCCGCCCGUAAACAGCCCACGGCUGUUUCGCGCAUGAAACAGGAUUAUAUGCGACUCAAGCGUGAUCCAUUGCCGUACAUUACGGCGGAGCCACUGCCCAAUAACAUUCUGGAAUGGCAUUAUUGUGUGAAGGGACCCGAAGAUUCGCCAUACUACGGAGGCUACUAUCACGGCACAUUGCUCUUUCCCCGCGAGUUCCCCUUCAAGCCGCCAUCCAUAUACAUGCUGACGCCGAAUGGACGCUUCAAAACAAAUACCAGACUGUGUUUAAGCAUUUCAGAUUUUCAUCCAGACACAUGGAAUCCGACUUGGUGCGUGGGCACGAUACUCACAGGCCUCUUGAGUUUUAUGCUGGAAAGCACACCCACACUGGGCUCCAUUGAAUCGUCAAACUAUGACAAGCAGCUCUAUGCCCAGAAAUCGCUUGCAUUUAACCUGCGCAAUGCCAACUUCUGCGAGCUGUUUCCCGAUAUUGUGAGCGAGAUCAAUCUGCGCUUGGGUAGCCAAGCGGCGGCAAACGAUGCCAAGUCCGGCUCCAGCUCUUCAAAGCGCUCCAAUGGUGUGGCUAACGGCAGUGCCGUUGCCACAGACACUCAUCAUUUAAAUGCCAGUAGUGCCAAUGGGCAGCUGCACUUGCCAGCGGAUGGUGGCAGCAACGAUGGGCUGGUGGUGGAUGGCGCUGGCUCUGGUGCGGAUCUGGCCAACGGUGGUAGCGGAAGCGGUGCAGCAGCGCUUAAGAAUAGCGCACGUAAUUCCUAUUUAAAUUGGCAGUCGAUCUAUUCGAAUCUAGUGAUUAUAAUCUGUUUUGCAAUAUUUGCGCUCAUUGUUAAUUACGUGAUCAAGAACCUGAAUCAGGAAUAGAAUUAAAUUGUAAGCAAUCAGUACUAAAUAGCCUCUAUAUAUUUAUAUAUGAGUAUGAUGUAUAUGCGUAUGUAUAUUUAAUAUAGUUUAUUUAAAAUUAGUAACUUUUCGCUCUGCUCGCAGUUGUCGUCUACCGUACAAAUGUACGUUCAAAUCCUUGAAGCCAACCACCAACCCCCCUGACCCCUUCGGCCCAACCCAAAACAAGGGCUCAAACCAUAACUAGUGCACAGCUUAAAAAGUAUUUGCCGACACUGCUUUCCCCGAUUGACGUCCCCGUCCUUAAUCGAAGUUGGUCAACAAAUUUAUUGGCAUCAUAGAACACAUCAAACUCGCGAAUUCAAAUUAAUUGAUAAUUUGUUUUGUUAUGUAUUCAUUAAUAUUAUAAACUAGCCGAUAGUCAUAACAAUGAUAAACAAGAUAUUGAAACAAGUAAA